AUUGUUAUUUCCUUCAUCAUGAAUAAAUUCUGGGCAUAUAGCUGCAAAACAACAAUAUGUACUGUUAGAGGAAUUUCACAAUUACACACAAGCACAAAAUUUAAAACAGACCAAAAUUUACUGCAACAGGGAGGGGGGAUGGUUUGCAGAAAUUACACUCGCAAAUCAAAGGAAUCAUGAAAGCAUAAAUACUGAGGAGAAAAAUUGCAAAAAAUUGAUACUUGUAAUUGUUGCAGUUUCGCAGUCUGGAAAUGAAUGAAAUCUAAAUCAAGCUAGAUAGUUAUGGAGAUAGCUAUUUUUCCAGAGCAUUGUAACUAGCUCAGAGGGUAGGUUUGUUACUAAAAUAUCUAUGUUUGUAUGAUACAGUAAAGGUGUGCUAGGUCAUAAAAAUUAGGAUUGGUUAGGUUGGGUUAAAGUCUUGACAGACUGCAAACUGUUUAUAUUUUGUCGAAAAUUUCUUUGAAAUAUAUUUUAUGAUAUUUACAUAUGUUUAAAGAUAAUACAAAUAGCUAUGCAAAAAAUGUGGUUAAUAGGAAGAAAAUAAAAAAUACACUAUCCUUUGUUAGGACCUGCACUUAGCUUUAAGCUUCAAAAAACGUUGGACUAACAUUAAAAUUAUUUUACCUGUCCUCAUUUGUCAUCAUUAUAAAAUUGUGGAGUACUGUGGCAGCUUGUACAAUUUUGGUGACAGUUUCUGAAGAACCAUUAAUUGUCUGAUUGAAAAUCUGCCAACGGCUCGUCAGGAUACCAAAUGAAUUUUCUACUGUUCGGUGAGCCCUACUUAACCGAUAAUUGAAAAUUCUUUCAGCAUUUCCCAAAUUGCUUUUUUGGAUAUGGUUUCAAUAUUACCUCUUUGAAAGGAAAUGCAGCAUCCGCAACAAACGCAAAAGGUAGUGAAACAUCAGUCCCAGGCAAUGGUUGUGGGGGUGGAAAAUUUAUUUCAUUUUGCAUUACUAAUUUCCCAAAAGUAGAAUUCGCAAAUACACUGCCAUCACUGUGGUGGCCAUAGUCACCUACAUCUACCCAUAUGAAUUUAUAUUUGGCAUUGACAGCUGCCAUUAGCACUAUAGAAAAAUACUUCUUGUAGUUAUAAUAAAGAGAACCAGAUUUUGGUGGUGAUUUGCAUCGAACAUGUUUACCAUCCAGUGCUCCUAAGCAAUUGGGGAAGUUCCAAAUGUCCCAAAAAUCUUGAGCAAUGUCUCUCCAGUCGUUUUCUGUUGGUUUCUUCAUUACUAAAGGAGACAACACUUUCCACAAUACUCCGCAUACUUCUGCAAUUACUUUUCGGGCUGUUGACACACCAAUCCGAAAAUCCCAAGCAAGUGAUUGAUAUGAUCCACCAUGGGCUAGGUAUUUCAGUGUCAUUGCUAGUUUCAUGGCAGGGGGUAAAGGUGCCCGACGACUUUUCUUCCGUAAGUCCCGUUUUACCAAAUUGAGAAGAUGCUGAAAUUGGUCACACCUCAUGCGAGUUAAUUUAAAAAACUGUUUAUGAUCUUCUCUCUGAAGAUAAAGAAACAACUUGUCAAAACAUCCUUCUUGUGUUCGGCAUCUAUUUAAUGGGCGUACCCACCAACGGCGCUUUGGUUGCCUAGCAAACACAUUGCUACAGUUGUACACGAUCAUAAACGCACGUAAACAUUCCAAUAGUGCUGUCACCAACAACAAGUUAUCAUUUUCCGGCAUCACGAUUUUCUAAAAAUCUACAGUCGUCAAAACGAAAAUACAAUGUUUACAAAUACGAAUUGUGAAUGUAAAUAUUUAUAUUUACCAGGGCUGCCAACACACACAUAACUUAAAUACCAUCUUUAAUUUCCGAUGUAUUUUGUUACGUCAUCGUGAGCAUCUGUGCGUGUGCGGCAGUAAUUGGACCACUUUCUGCAGAAAGGAACCAACCCACAAAAAUGGGAAAAAUGAGCCAACCUCGUUACUUGAAAAAUUAUAUCUCAUUCUACAUUCUGCAGAAAGAAACCAACCUCUAACUAUUUUGUGCACCUAUCUAUGUGAUUUUUAAAGAAGGACUGAAAGUUACUUGGGAUGUAUUACAUUCUGCAAAAAGGAACCAUGUUGUUUGGUUCUUCUUUGCAGAAAACAUAUAAUGGAAAUUUUUUUCAGCAGAACAGAACCAUGUGAGUUGGUUCCUUUUGUAGAAAUGUAUACCUAUUGUUCUAUGAUCUGUUUAAAGUAAACAUUGAUGUUUACAGAGUGCAGAUACAGACAAUAAUGCUAGUUAUAGAUUUCAAAUAGCUAUUACAGAUUCUUAAUGUGGUUAGUGUCUAAAAAAUAUGGACAUUUUUAGCAGGGGUAAAAAAUUGGUAGAGCUUUGUAUAUUACAAAACCCAGCUAACAAUAGUGAUUGUGAAGCAGGAGAGAGUUUGAGGCAAGUUCAGAGUAUUGAGGUAAGUGCAGACUUUAAUAACAAAAAUAAUAAUCUAGUUAUUUGGUCGAUGUAAGUAAUUAUCAUGAUAUAAAUGUGUUAUUUUAUUUUAGGAUGCUUCCAAGGAUAAUAAAACAUGUGAUGUUUGGCCUGGAAAUAAAAUGUUGUUGGAUAAUCCUGUUAGCAAUCCAACAACUGAAAGCAACAUUGAUACAAUACUCCAAGAAGAAGAGGGAAAUAGAAGAGAGAAUAAUGUACAGGACCCUGAAUGUACUGGACUUCCAGUAGUAACUCUCUGGCAAAAUGACUUUGAUUCAGUACUGUUGCCAGUACCAGGAGUUGAAAUAGAGUUCAUUACUGCUAACUUCACAAACACAUCCCUGGCUGGAAACCUAACUACAGAGAUAAAUGGGACUGGCUUUGAAAUACACGUUAGUACCUUAAAUUUAUUAUUAAUAUUAUUCUUGGCCUAUUUGUUUAAAAAUAAUAUAAGUACACAUUUUAAUAAUAACAAUUUAACUAUUUUAGGAUACUGAUCCCAUCGAGAGUGUACAACUUUUGCCUGCUGAUGAAACUAGUUUAGAAGUAACCAGAAAAAAUGCAAACAUUGUAGCAUCUGCAAGCCAUGAUAUUCUUCAGGGAGAAGAAAAUAUUAGUGAGGUUAGUGUAAAUACAAUUUUAUUCAUGCAACAAACUCAAAAAGUGCUUGGAAACUUAAGUUCUUAUAAAUAAAUUUUUUGUUCCAGGAGAAAAUGUUAGUUCACCAAAAUGCUGAUACCGAUUCAGACUUCGCACCUAAACCCCCCGACUCUCCGCAGAAAGGAUGUGAUCCGCGGCCAAAGCGAGGGCGAAAGAGGAAGCAUGAAACUUCAAGAGAAGAAAACAAAGCAAAACGAAAUAGAAAUGAAGAACAUUACAACAACAAAGGUGUAAAAGUUGUAAAAUCUUUCAAAGAUUACCGAUGCAAUUGCUCACAAAUGUGUCACGAGAGACUUUCAGUAGAAGUGCGAAAAGAACAGUAUAUAAAAUACUGGGAGCUUGGUUCUUAUGAUGCACAAACCAAUUUCAUUGCUGCUCAUGUGUCUGAAAAUACAAAGAAAAGAAGCCAAGGAAAAAAUGAAGCAAAGAGAUGUUUUUCAAGACGUUACAGAUUUGGCAGUGAAAAUGUAUGUAGGGAUAUAUUUGUCAUUACUCUUGGAAUUUCAACUAAAAGAGUUAAUACUGCACUAAAAAAGUUAAGGACUUCUUCCAUUACUGACAAAAGAGGCCACACACAAGGUGGGAAGAACAAGAUAUCGGAUGGCAAGAAACAAGAAGUAGUGAGACAGAUUUCCAAAAUACCAAAAUAUAAAUCUCAUUACAGACGGGAACAAACUGGUGCUAAAUUUCUUCCCCCAGGCAUGACCUUACAAGAUAUGUAUGGAGCCUACAAAACUGAAGUUUCUGAGCCUGUUAGUUAUUCCACUUAUAGGCGCAUCUUUCUAAAUGACUUCAAUCUGAGAUUUAAAGCAUUGAAAAAAGACACAUGCAAUUCGUGUGAUACCUACGCAGCAAAAUUGCAGACUCCGUAUUCUGAAGAAGAGACAUUGAAAAUAAAGCAGGAUCACGACAAACACAUUGAUAUUGCAGAAGAGGCUCAAAAACUUAUGAGGACUAACAUGAAGGAUGCAAAAGACCAACCUGCAAUGGAAUGUUUGACAUUCGACAUGGAAAAAACGUUACCACUACCCAGGAUUCCUACCAAUGUCAUGUUUUACAAGAGACAGUUGUGGUUGUAUAACUGUGGCAUUCAUUCUGGAAAAUACAGCAAAGGUUUGUGCUACGUUUGGGUUGAAGGUCAGGCAGGUCGUGGUGCACAAGAAGUUGGAUCAUGUUUACUCCACCAUAUUGAAAAUAAGAUUGAGAAAGACACAAAGACACUUAUUUUAUGGUCUGAUAGCUGUGGUGGCCAAAACCGAAACAUAAAAUUGACGCUCAUUUUGAAAGCUGCUUUGGAAUCUCAUCCCUCGUUGACAAAAAUUCACUUACGGUUUCUUGUAUCAGGACACAGUUUCUUACCAAACGAUGCUGACUUUUCUGAUAUUGAAACUGCUCUCAAACAUCAGCAGCAUCUUUACCUUCCCGAGGACUACAAAGAAGUAAUGAAGACAUGCAGAAAAAGAAAUCCUCUUGAAGUGGUUGAAAUGAAAAAAUUCAUCGGAACAUCCCAGCUGGAACAGAUGGUUAGCAAUAGGAAGAUAGAUGGGAACAAAGAAAAGGUUUCUUGGUUACAAACCAGAGAAAUAAUGCUAGAGAAGAACAAGCCUUUUUCUAUUUUUCUGAGAAAAGACUUUGUAAGUGAAUAUUCAGAAAUUGAUAUCAAAAAAACGUCAAAGUGGCCGACCUUUAACCGGUUUCCGUGAUAAACUAAUACCUCUGUGGGAAAAUGGUAAACCAAUAGCCAUCCCAAAGCUUCGUGACAUAGAAUCGGUAAUGGAUUUAAUACCUGGUGAUGCCAAAGAGUUCUACAAAGCCUUGUUUGGAGCUGCACAAGUAGAAGAUGAUGUUGAUGGCUUCUCAGGAGCACCAGAUUUUGAUGUGGAAUAGUGUAGCAGAUGUUACUGUUUUUCAGACUACAAAACCAAAUUUUUAAAUAGAAUCAGUGAUGAUUGUAAUACUUGGUGAUGACAAACAGUUCUAUACAAAGCGUUGUUCGGAGCUGUACAUGUAAAAGAUGAUGUCGCUGGCAUCUAAGGAGUACCACAUUUUGACGAAGUGUAGCAAAUAGCUGUGGGUUUUAAACUACUAACAAACUACCUACUUAUAGUUUUGAAGUAUCUAGUAGUAAGUAUUUUAAUAAAAAAUGUUACUAUAAAACAGGUUUAUCAAGGAAAAACUUUUAU